AUGGAGGACGAAGACGUGGCGAUCUGCUUGUUGCGCAGCCUUCUUAAGAGCUACGAGAACGUCGUACUUAACUUGGAGAUGAGCAGCGCGGAACUGCGAUCACGAGACGUUGUGAAGGUGCUCACAAAUGAGGGAUGUGGGCGGUCGACAGCGGCGCAACGCACACACAUCUGUAGCGAAAAAACCAAGUUUUCAAGCAUCAAAGAAGAAGAUGAAGACAAGCUAUGGGUGGCUGAUAGCAGAAAGGCUGCUAUCAAGGGUGUUGGAACCAUUCUGGAACGAGUGGUGCUGCCCAAUGGCCAAGAACACGAGAUCAAAAUCAAGGAUGCGCUGUUCGUGCCAAGUAUGAGCAAGAGACCUGCUUUCGGUAACGCAGAUCAACAAGACUGA